AUGCCCAGCACCGACGAUGAAGCCAUAUCAUUGUUUGAAAAGGCCACAUACCUAGAAGAGCAAGGACGCAUGAGUGAUGCUGUUGAUAUCUACCGAAAGGCGUUCAAACUAAACAGCAGCAUAGACCUCAUCUACCGGUCGACAUACACAAACAAGCACCUCUUAAAAGAUAAAGGUAGAAACGCGUUAGUGAGAGUGGACGAUAAGCAAGUCUCCAAAAUAGAUGUGGACGAACUAAUGGAGAGUUUUAGAGAAGCUCAUUUGGAUGCCCCGCUGGAACAUCCCGAUGACUUGCCAUCCAUUCUUCUCCACUUGCCUCGGGAUAUCUGGUGUCACAUAUUUGAAGUAUUGAUUCAAACUAACCCCGAAUCCUGGUUCAAUAUGUCCAUUACGUGCAAGAAGAUGGCAUACAUAGGCUUUGGAAACAAUACCCAUAAAUUUCUUUGCAAUCUAAUAUACCCACGACAAGUUUACCAAGAAAAUGAACCUUAUAAGUCGAGACUAAGGAUAGAGAAAGAGUUACCUAUACCAAUGGACCAAUUGCUAAUACUACCCCAUUACAAAAGCUGGAAAAAUAUGCUCCAUGAGCGUUGUUUCAUCAAAUACGGUGGAUGUUACAUUAGCGUUGUGAAUUAUUAUAGUGAAGGGGCCAAAGGUGAAAACUCAUUGGCAUGGACUAACCCGGUGCGAACGAUAACGUACUAUAGGUAUCUCAGAUUCUACCCGGAUGGAAUAGUUAUAAAGAUGCUUUCGGCACUUCCACCUGAUCGUGUUGUUCCUUGGUUUCUGAAGGACCGACAGCAUAUACCUGACGCCGAGCAAAAUGAAGCAACACAGAUAUACCGAGGGAAAUUUACAAUCAACUCAUCGGGUGAGGUGCAUAUUGAAAUUGAAAACGGUUCAACCAGUUACUUGACGUUUCACUACUACUUCCAAAUAAAAUCACUAGGGCAAUUCAAACACGGGAAGUUGAACUGGACCAAGUACUAUGCUGUAAGGAAAGCUACUAGUCCUGAAGAUGACAGAGUUGGCGAGGUGGUGGAAUACACAAUAAGAAACGAAAAGCCUUUCAAGUUUCUGAGAGUGAAGAGUUACCAUAUAGAAUAG